AUGUCUGCCGGUGGUAUCAAGGAACAUUCGUCCAUGGCCGGGCCUGGACGAAACACAAGUGAAUCCGGGAUUCACAAGAAGAAGCGACGACACAAGCACAAGACGCUACGCAAGUCUCGGUCCCGGACCGAGACUCUUCAAGUCAUGAGCUGGAAGCGCUUCGCAAAGGACCUGUACGAUGGACGCAUCGAUCAGCUAUGCAAUCUUUUGGACCGCGAAAGAAUGACAAGCGAAGCAGAGGAGUUGAGACAACUCUUCGCUGGAAGCGCCACUGAGAGUGAAGAUACUCUCAAGCACAGAGAUGUGCUCACGGACGAGAUCCCUGCGGAGCUUCCGCAGGACAAGGGAAUACAGCACGAGAUUGAUCUCGUGCCGGGGACGAAGUAUUGCUUGACGUGGCAGUGGCCACUGCCGUGGGAGCACGUGAAGACAAUCAACGACUUCUUCGAAAGUCGUCGCAAGGCAGGACAAGUGGGGAAUCAAAGUCCCCGCACAGCGCACCAACACGCCGAUCCCCGACAAGAUGUCAUCAUCGAUUCGAUAUCCAAGAGCACCAUCUACAGUGCUCUUGAUCUGAGAGACGGGUUCUAUCAGAUCCUUAUGCGACUGAAGAACGCCCCUGCGACCUUCAAUAGCCGGGCUGUGAACGAGAAUACAGACGUCGAGAUGCACAAGGAGCAUCUCCGGGAACUGCUUGGGCUCAUGCGCAAGCAGAAGCUCUAUGCGAACCUGAACAAGUGCAUCUUCGGUGCGAGUGAGAUACCCGUGCUAGGGUGUCUCGUUGGAAAGAAUGGCGUACGCCCUGGCCCCGAGAAGGUCAGAGUGAUCAAUGAAUGGCCUACGCCAUCCAACGUUAAGGAGCUGUGGCAGUUUCUUGGCCUUGCCACGUACUUGUGCAAGUACGUGGACAACUACGCAGGCAAGAUUCGCCCGCUGUCGCAGCUUCUGAAGAAGGAAGCUGCGUGGGAACGGAUUGCUGAGUGUCAGCAGGCGUUCGAUGCAGUCAAUCCCAGCUUGACUGAAGCGCCGAUCUUGGCUGUGGCCGCCCAAGAUCGUCUCUUUCACGGAGAACUCCUUGCCAUGAAGUACGCACUCGCGAAGUUCCGAGUGUACUUACUCGGCAACACGCCGUCCGUGGUCUAUACGGACCACGCGUCGUUGCGGACGGCUGUAAAGUCUCCGCACAUCUCGCAACGAAUGGCGAGAUGGUUGUCCUUCUUGGCGGAGUACAACUUCCGGACAGUCGACGUCAACCGGAUUGGCGUCGCUCGGACAUAUACACCGUCGUCGUCCUUGUUGGACGAGGUGAAGGCCGCGUAUGCGCAUGACGCAUUCGCAAAACAGCUGAUCGAGUUUCUCUCAGCUCCUUCCGACAAAUCACAUGACAAUGCGGACCGCAUUGUCGUGCCGAAUGAUCCUGACCUGCGCAGCAGGAUCAUGUACGAGUAUCACGAUGUCCACACGGCAGGACAUCCGGGACGUGAGAAGACAUAUUCUCUUCUCACGAGAGACUUCUACUGGAACCACCAGUACAAGUGGGUGCGCAAGUACGUACGUACUUGCGAUGUUUGCCAGCGAGUGAAGCCUGCACCUCACUCGCAGGCUCCUCUGCAACCACUGCCGACUCCGUCGGAGUGUUGGGACUCCGUUUCGAUGGACUUCGUGUUUGGUCUUCCGCGCGAUUCCAGGUGGAAGACUGGUAUUGUGAUCUUUGUUGACCGCUUCAGCAAGCUGGUGCAUCUCGCUGCUGUCGCAGCGGAGGUGACCUCCGUACAGACGGCACGCCUGUUCGUCGACAUGGUGUUCAAGCACCAUGGCAUGCCCAACAACUUUGUGUCGGACCGCGAUCCGCGCUUCAAGGCGCGUUUCUGGCAAGAAGUGUUCACACUUCUUGGAACGCAGUUCUCAAUGUCGACUGCGGAUCAUCCGCAGACGGACGGGCAAACCGAGCGCGUGAACCGCGUGCUCGUGGACUUGCUGAAGAGCUACGCCCAGUCGUUCCACAACUGGAGCGACUACUUGCCGAUGGCCGAGUUCGCCAUCAACAACACAGUGCAUGCCUCGACUGGGCAUACACCGUUCUUCGUGAACGCCAUGCGGCAUCCACGCCGUCCGAGCACGCUCGGGGCGGUGGAUUCCUCCUUAAGUGGGGGGAUCUACGGUUGCGCUCGAACUACCGCAGAAUACAGCUGA